AUGAUACUUAUCCAGGUAGCGAUAGUACUGCAAUCGUACUUUUGGCCUAUAUACUUCCAGUCGGUCAGGAAUACUACUGCAAGAGAGUCGGGUAUCAAUCUACUCCCGUCGAUUGUGUCUAACAGCCUCGGCACGAUCUGCGCUAGCUGGUUCUCGUCGAAGUCUGGAUACUAUGUACCGUUGAUGUGGAUCGGCGCCCCUGUCCUGGCCGCUGGAGGUGGUCUGUUUCAACUCAUCCGCCCCGACAGUCCGCGUGGAAAGUUGAUAGGGUUCCAGACCGUGGCCGGGGUUGGCUACGGGAUGUGUAGCCAGAUGCCGAUACUGGCGGUUCAGGUCGUCCUCAAAAAGGCUGAUAUCCCGACGGCCCUCGUAAUGGUCAUGUUUUUCCAGAUGCUUGGAGGCGCUUUGGCUCCUAGCGUUGGGCAGAAUAUCUUCACUGAUAGGCUUCUACGGAAUCUUAGUAGGGUAGAGGGAAUCGAUAGUGCAGCCGUAGUGGCGGCCGGUGGAAGGACAUUCAGGGAGAUUGUUCCUCCACAGCUGAUGGAUGCAGUUAUUGAUGCAUUUAAUUCUGCUUUGAGAAAGGUGUUCCGGAUCGUAAGCUGGGCAAUGGAGUGGCGACAACUGCCCGACCCGAAGAGUCAGAGUACUGAAGCUCCGGCGACAGAGGUCUCAGAGAAACCAGUCUGCUAG